CACAGGGCCCACAUUUGGCUAAGCCUAUCCAACGUGUUACUUUCUUAUUCGUCUAUCCAAGAUCUCUCGGGUCCCACCAGAUAAAAUAAUCACUCUUACAAGUCGUCAAAGAGAGAGAGAAACUCAGAAAACUGCGCUCCCUGCAGAUAGAAAGAAAGGAACUUGCCUUUAUAGUGGAAAUGGCGUCUAAGCUAUGUGACUCGUGCAAAUCGGCGUCGGCGACUCUUUUCUGCAGAUCUGACUCGGCGUUUCUGUGUCUCAACUGCGACUCGAGGAUUCAAGCCGCGAACCAGUUCGCGUCUCGGCGGGCUCGGGUAUGGCUAUGCGAGGUGUGCGAGCAAGCCCCGGCGCACGUCACGUGCAAGGCGGACGCGGCGGCACUUUGUGUCACGUGUGACCGCGACAUCCAUUCCGCAAAUCCACUCGCCAGGCGCCAUGAGCGCGUGCCUGUCACUCCCUUCUACGACGCUGUUAACUCUGACGUCAAGCCCAGUGCUACAGCUGCUAUCACCAUCAACAACUUCCUCGACAAUCGCUACUUCACCGACAUCGAUGCUGACGCUGACGUCAGCAGGGAGGAGGCGGAGGCCGCUUCAUGGCUCCUCCCUAACCCUCCCAAGGCCUCGGAGAAUCCAAAUCUGAAUACUGGCCAGUAUGCUGCGUUCUCGUAUAUGGAUCCGUAUCUGGACUUGGAUUAUGGGCCGCCAGAGGAUCCGAAAUCGGAGGCCCAAGAGCAAAACAGUUCCGGUACCGAUGGAGUCGUUCCUAUCCAAAACAAAAACUACAACGCGGCUCCCAUGGUGAACGACAAGUACAACUGCUUCGCUUAUGGUUACAGCAAUCAUCCUUGUCUCAGCCAAAGCAUUUCUUCUUCGUCUCUUGACGUCGGAGUUGUUCCUGACGGCAACGCCAUGGCAGACAUAUCAACGCCAUACGGGAUGGCAGUGGAGUCUGCAGGGAAUCAAACUAUGCAGAUCUCAUCGGUAGACAGGGAGGCGAGGGUUAUGAGGUACAGAGAGAAGAGGAAGAACCGAAAGUUCGAGAAGACGAUCCGAUACGCGUCACGUAAAGCUUAUGCAGAGACGAGGCCGCGCAUCAAAGGAAGGUUCGUGAAGCGGGCUGACUUAGAGCCGGAGGUGGAAGUGGUGGAUCGUAGUAUGUACGGAUACGGCGUCGUUCCGUCGUUUUAGUGGAUUUAAUCUUUGUACUAAUUGUAAUAUGAUGUUUAAUUAAUCUUUACAGUUUUGUUGUGAUUUAUUUGCCUCUCGCUGGGAUUUGGUGUGUUGGGGUGCAGGACAAGGCUAUGUAUAUAGUUUGGUGGAGGUGUUUGAUCGAUGGAAAUGUAAAACUAACCGUCGAAUUUGUAGACUUUUUGCAUAUGUGAUCAAGAAGUUCUGUUUAUGAAUUUUGACUAUUUGAGGUGCUUCUCAGUAGGCAUCGUAAUCUGGAUUGUCAUUGA